AUGGGAGCAGUUCGAAAGUCUACGUAUUCUGCACGACGGCCCGAUUUUCGGAGACAACUACAACGUGCCCUGAGCCUGUCCUCUUUUGAAACAGAGGAGACCCGUAGUGCGUCAAAGUCAUCCGCUGGUGACACUACCGAGGACCAGCUAUCAAUUCACUCGGAGAACGAUGGAUCUAGCGUGCAAAGCGGCAGUGUUGGUCGUAACCACGAGGCCCAGAUUGAUCCUGCGUUGUUUUCGACUGCUCGGGAUGUGGAAAAGAUUGAAGGUCAGAGAGAUCUUCCUGAAGAUCGCGACCUGAUUGCCUUGGAAUGUGUUGCAGAGUGA